GCUCUUUGGAGAAAAUCAACAUGAACUGUGUCUGUUCCCUAAAAUGUCUUAUUUUCUCUGGGGGUUUUUAACGCGUUCCUUUGAAAUAUCGUCGGUUCGUUCUCUUACCAAUUUGUUGUUAUCUCAUCACCUGUGUUAGAAGCUGUUGGCUAGCACUGCUUGGUGCACAUGCAGUCUUUAGUGGCCGGCUUUAAUGUAAAAAAAAUAAUAAUUAAUUAUUUCAAUAGUAGAGCAAUGUUCUCCUUUUUGCAAAACGAAGACGACGCUCGAGCAGUCGAAAAUGCAGUUAGAACAGCGAUACAUACUGUUGUGAGUGUUAUUUCUAGUAUCAACAGUGCCAAAAUACAAGAAUAUCAAAGGAAGUUGGGCGAGAAGGACAAAGAAAACGAAACGCUUAAACGCAAAGUUAAAACAGCAGAACAAGAGAUCACAGCAUUGCGAGGGUCCUUUGAAUUUUCUGGAAAUGAAUGUCAUCAAGUCAGGUCAAGCACUUAUGCACUUUCACCAGAAAUUCUUAGAGGGAAAAUAAUUUGCAAUGAAAACGAGGUGUCAAGCAAAGAUGAGUGGAGAAUAGAUUUCCCCAGUCUCGGUGCAAGGACACCUCCACAGGUUUUUUCCCAGUGCCAAGACACAGCUCUUCCCACUGGCGCGUCAACUAUUUAUAUGUCCCAUCACCAGAACCCUACCUCCCAUUCUGCAGAAGAGUCUGGGCUUUUAGCAGAGAGAAACAGAGGCCAGUCCCCAUCACCCAGUCCAGUCACCAGCCCAGUGAUAAAAGAGGAGCCCUCAGACAUUGAGACGUUCUACAUCAAAUGGGAGAUGAGUGAGGAGGGCAUUGGGGAGCAACGGGAGGUGCUAGGCCCGAUACACGUCCUGGGAAAAGAGUACGAAGCCCACCAGAGGGGUGGAGCUCCAACCAGGCAAAGAGACGGAACUCACCAUGUUGCUGGUAGUCAGAGUGGACAUGAGUAUGGGGCGAGACCGACCAGGCAUCUGAAAAGGAGGCUGUCAAGCGCAGAGACACAGCGGAGGUUCAGAGAGAGAGUCCGUGCUGACCCUGAGAAGUUCCGGGCCUACAAGGAGAAGGAACGACGCAGGAAUCAGCAGAGGAAGGUGUCUAUAUCAGAUCUUCCUGAAGAGACCCGCAGACUGAAAAGGGAGGCCUGGAGAGAAGCAUCCAGACGCUGUCGUGCCCGCAAAAUGUCCUCCCUCCAGACAAACCCCACACAGCCUUGCCACCUAACACAGAACACAGAGACACCUGGGGGGACUAGGGGACGCCCGCAGGGGCAGGCAGUAGGGUGGGGGGGGGGAUUAGGCCUGCACAGCUGA